AUGAGAAGUACUAAAGUUGUGGCUCGCAAAAGCACGAUCAAUUGCACGAUCAAAUUCUUGCUCAUAGUGCUCGGUAUAUGGCCCGACACAUUAUCCGUCACAUUCUCUAGAAUAUUCUGGAGUAUCUCAUUAGGGGCUCUCGAAGUUUGCCAGUACCGAUACCUCCUCACACAUCUUUAUUCCAGUGAUGUGUUCGAGUUGAUGGAUUGUUUCGGCGCCUUUAUAGGAUUCGUGAAGUUCUCCUUCAAGAUCAGUAUCUUUUGGUGGAAUCAGCGAAUAUUCAAUCAAAUUUUAAAAAUGAUGGUGGAGGAUUGGAGAGAUUGCGCAAACAAUGAUAAUGAAAUGAGCAAAGCAAUCAAUAAGGCGGAGAUAUCGGAUUGCAUUGUUAAUGCGAUCGUCAGUCUGUACACAGUCGCUGUGUUCUUUUACGGCAUCAGUAUCAUUCUAGACGAUGUCGAUAUUACCGAUUCUUCGAUCGAGAUACCCCACAUAUACAAAAUGGAAUUUCCGUUUGAUAUAAAGACGCAAAGCACGUACAAAUUCGUAUUAAUUAUGGAACUGAUACAUAUUUUAGUGGGCAGCUGGGGAUUGGGAGUUUUAAAUGCAUUACUUUUAACACUGACCCUACACAUAGAUGGCCAAAUAGACAUAUUGCUUUACUGGUUGGCGAAAGUAAUGUCUAUAGAUGGUGCUAACAAACGCAGAUCUAACGUACUGAGAAAGAUUAUUCAGAAACAUCAAAAAAUCAUCUAUUUCGUGGAGAAUAUCGAGAAACUGUACACAUUGAUCGCAUUGCUGCAAUUUGCGACAAAUGUAGUGAUGAUUUGCCUAUCAGGAUUUUUAAUUAUAACAGCUCUCGAUACUCCUGAUGCGACGGAGAAGAUAAUGAGAUCACUUUCAUAUUACAGCGUGACAAAUUUAGAAACGUUUAUAUUCUGCUAUGCCGGGGAAUACUUGAUCAACAAGAGCAAAACGAUCGGAUACGCUGCAUACGAUGCAGCCUGGUAUGAUAUGGAAUCUAGGCAUAGUCGCAUUUUGUUGAUCAUUAUUUUAAGAUCGCAAAAAGAAUUAACACUUACCAUCGGGAAAUUGAUGGAUCUCUCGUUACAUCGCUUUGCAAGUAUCAUGAAUUCCGCGGGUUCGUACAUCUCGGUAUUAUUAGCGAUGCAAUGA